AUGGAACUCAUUGUAACAUACUCAAAUUUAUAUGCUUCAGCUAAGGGCGUAAACCUAAGCUUGACAAACUCUGAAUUGAAAUGUUUCCUGGGGAUUAUAUUUCUGAGUGGAUAUGUCUCAGUUCCUAGAUGGCGCAUGUUGUGGGAACAAAGAACCGAUUCACAAAAUGCCCUUGUUAGUAGUGCCAUGAGACGUGACCGCUUUGAAACAAUAUUUUCAAAUCUCCAUGUUGCAGACAAUGCAAAUUUAGACCCACUUGACAAGUUUGCUAAAUUACGACCUCUUAUAAACAAACUAAAUGACUGUGGCAUGAAGUUUGUUCCGAAUGAAACACAUUUCAAGAUUGAUGAAUCCAUGGUUCCUUACUUUGGUCGACACAGAUGCAAGCAAUUUAUAAGAGGAAAGCCUAUUCCUUUUGGAUACAAGCUUUGGUGUGCGGCAACUCGUCUAGGUUACAUUUGUUGGUUCAAACCCUAUCAAGGUAAAAAUCUGGCAAAUAAAUAUGAGGAGUAUGGUGUUGAUGCUUCUGUUGUCUUACAGUUUACGGAUGCACUAACAGAGGAGCACCCUGGGCAAUACCAUUUUGUUUUUGAUAAAUUUUUCACAAGUAUUGCCCUGCUUGAUAAACUCGGUUCAAUGGGUCAUCAGGCAACAGGCACACUUAGAAAAGGUCGUAUUGAUAAACUACCAUUGCAAUCGGAUGUUGCCCUAAAGAGAAUGGAAAGAGGCUCAUUCGAUUAUCGAGUUGAUGGCAAAGGCAAUAUUGUCUUUAGAUGGCAUGACAACAGUGUUGUGACUGUUGCAUCAUCUGGUGCUGGUGUAAAUCCACUGUGUCUUGUAAAUGGUUAUUCACAAGAAUCAAAAAUGAAAAUCCAAGUUCAGCAGCCAAACAUGAUAAAAGAAUAUAACCAAUUUAUGGGAGGUGUGGAUAUAGCAGACAAAAAUAUUGACAAAUAUAGAGCAUCAAUUCGUGGAAAGAAAUGGUAUUCAAGUCCAUUGUUGUUCUGUUUCGAAUUGGCCUUACAAAAUGCUUGGUAAUUACAGAAAACGUAUCAUCAAAAACCAAUGGAUCUUUUAGAAUUUCGUCGUCGUGUAGCAUGCCAUUAUCUUGAGACUCAUGGUUAUCCUGCAGAACCUGGCAGGAAAGGAAAACCCUCUCAGAAGCGAAACAUUGAUUCACGCUAUGAUGGCAUAAAUCAUAGGAUCGUAAAGCAAGGAAAGCAAACUCGUUGUGCUCAAUAUCAUAAAAACACCACUUUUCGAUGUGGAAAAUGUAAUGUGGCUUUACAUGUUAAGUGUUCUUCCAAUUACCAUACCGAAUAAUGGGAAUAACCACAUUUUUAGAGGAAACCCACGAUUUUAUACAUUGUAACAUUAUAGCAAUGGUUUUG